AUGUUUUAUUUCCAACGAACGAUAGCCCGUCAAGAAAGCUUUUCUUCCAUGGUAGCCUUUCUCAGCAGCUCUUCUCUCCUAUUAUGUGUCCUUCUGAUUCUUACUCUCCAACUUGACACUGCUAAUGCUGCUGCUGCUGCUGCUGCUGCUGCUGAAAACAACAAACAACUCUUGAAUGCUUAUCGAUCGGCACCCAACAGUGUGGAAACCGCCAUGCUGCCCCAACGAUCUUACUUUUUUGAAUUUCCACUCGAAGAUGCCUCCUUUGCGGCACCCAAAUUGGCACCUCUUUGUUCCAAUCGAUCACCCUUUUCCUUUUUGUUCAAGAGAGGCACCAAUGCUCACUUUCGCAAGAUUUUGGUGGAAUUCGAAGGAGGACCGGCUUGUUUUGGUUUGGAUUGUGGUUGCAAUGGUGCCCACUCGCGACAAACACCCUGGAAGGACUAUUUAGAUCAAUACUACAGUGAUGCUACACCAACCACAACGAAAGCUUUGCCAAAUUUAGGCACUUGCAGCGGAAUUGUCCCCAAGUUUCUGGAGGUAUUGAGUCCACGCUUGUUUUAUGGGAAUUCCACAACAGCAGCAGCAGCAGCAGACGACAACGAUGAUGAUGCUGGUGGUGAUGUACCCUUGGGCAUACGUCAAAGCAACAGCAACAAGACCAAUUCUACAAAUGACGAUUCCACUUUUUGGUGGCAAACCUUGAGCAAUGAUAUUGACGAAUGGAGCUAUCUACUAAUUCCUCAUUGUAGUAUGGAUUGGUUCUUGGGAUAUCAAGCCCAAGGACGUUGGAGUGGCUGUGAACUGGACGGACCCGAUCCACCCUUUGAUGGCCCUUGGUGGGAUGCCCCCGUCUAUCAAGGACGCGAACGGAUUUGGCAUCGAGGCAAUGCCAAUUUGGAAGCGGUAUUGGAUUGGCUAACCACACAGUUUGGUUCCUCCUUGGAUGCCAUGAUUACGGUUUCCGGAGGCAAAAUUGGGGGAUGUAGCACCAAUGAUCCGGAAUAUACUUCCACCAUUGCGCCAAUGGUCUUUGCCAAGGAAGCAGCGGAGGCCUUUCAAUGGAACGAACCGUCUUCCGUCUUGGCCAUUUUGGAAGGAUCGAGUCUCUUUAGUCCCAAUUUACCUUCCAAUCAGGUUUUGAACGAGCCUUGGAAUAUCAACAAGGUUUUGUCGGAGUUUUCCAACCUUGCUUCUGAUGUGGGACAAAUGAUUGUCGAAGCACCAGAAGUGAUGGAUGUUGCCUGGAUGGCAUCCUCUUCCAACAAUACUAUGGAAGCACGGGCAUUGACCAACUUGCAAGAAGCGAAACCAGAUCGUUUUCAUGUGUACACACCACCACCUUUGGCCGACGAUACAGACUCGUCGUCUUGUCCAAGAUUUGCCUUUUCGGAUUUAUCCAGCGAGGAAGCAGUUGCCUUUUUCAAACAAGUGGUCAAGACAAAGAGUUGGCAAUCCAGUUUGGAUACUGCCGACAGCAGCAGUGCCAAUGAUGUUGACAAUAUCACCGCUUUACAGGCCAAUGAUGAUCAGUCAGGAGACACGACGGUGAAGCGAUUAGGCUAUCUAUCGAUUGUCAUUUUGUUCCUCGGAAUAUUGGCAUUGGCAUGGAUCAUGUACUUUUGCCUCAAGCGUCGGCGGCAACAGCAAGGCUUGCCGCCACCACUUUCACCCAAUGAGCUUUGGAUGAAGGCACUGACCUAUUAUCCAGCUUGCUUUUUACUAGUUUCGAUUGCAUUUCCCCUUGCGUUGAGUCUGGUAGGCUUUGCGCGAUCCGGCUACAGCAUUGAUGUCAAUUUGGAUUUUGAAUCCUAUUUGGACAUUUCGAGUGAAUUGGAUAUCGUGGCAAACAACUAUGCCGCCGCGCAACAAUUCCAGGAGGAUUCAGUCUCGGAGGCAAGGAGCCAAUGCCGGACCAUGGGUGGGGACGUUGACAGUCGCCGUCGACUUCAGCUAUGGGACGACAUGGAGGGGGAGAAGGAGUCGUACGCUUGGGAUACGAGCCAUAGGAGAUUGCAAGACAACAAUGGCGCAACAACUACCAGCGAACGGAUAGCAUACAUUACUAUUUACAUCAUUUAUCAAAAUCGAAAUGGUGGAAAUGUCUUUGACGCCGAGGUCAUAUCUUCGAUCUAUGACUUUGAAGAAUAUGUGCGAUCCCUACCAGACUUUGAGAUCUUCUGCCGUCGCGAUAAGGAGGAUUGCUCCCCAUUUGAUACACCGCUGACGUAUUUAUACCAAAACGGGACUAUAGUGGAAGAUAUCGAAGGAACUCUGGCUGCCAAAGCAAAAAGUUCGCAAGUCGACCAAUACUUUGGGGCAGAUAAUUUGCAGAGCAACAUUACAAAGAGCGUCAUGUACUUUCAGGGUCAACAGAGUGAAAUGGAUCGCUUUCUGGACGACUUGUACAACAAUUUUCUCUGGAAGCGAGACCAGGAGAAGUACUACGAAGAUUUGUUAUUCACAUGGGAAAAUGGGUAUCUUUUGCGCCUCGAAGCCAAUGACGCGCUGUAUCAUGACUCUCGCUGGAGUCUCGGCAGCUUGGUCGUUAUCGGUCUUAUGAUUCUCCUGAAAGUUCAAGACUUUUUUAUCUUCUUCUUUGGAAUGACUGGAUUGCUUCUGGCGUUCACGACAUCGUACUAUUGGUGCACCACGCACUUUGGAAUACCAGAUGUGACAUUGCUUCAUGUAGCAGGAUUGUUUGUAAUGCUAGGAAUUGGUGCCGACGACAUCUUUUUGAUGACAGAUUCCUACACACAUGCCGAUGUUGAUGACGAAGUUGCUUCGCCUGGAACUGAAACACCUGCAGAACAAGAACUUGAAGCCAUUCGUAGCAAAAUGCAAUGGGCAUAUUCCACUGCCGGCAGUAUGAUGCUGGUGUCAAGUAUGACAGCAGCUGUAUGCUUUUUCAGCAAUGGCUUUGGUGUACUUCUUGUCAUUCAAGAGUUUGGUAUUUAUAUGGGAGUGGUUGUAAUGAUCAAUUACUUUCACGUCAUGACGAUACUGCCAAGUGCCAUCUUGGUCAAUGAAAUGUAUCUCAAGCCUUGGAAAAGAAAAGUGCUACCCGAGUGGUGUCUUGGCGAAAGACACGAUAACACCAACAGGGAAGCGAAGGGGCAAAGGACAAAAGUGGACGAAACAAUGGGCUCUGCUCGGGCAUCUGGCAUGCCCUCUGGCCCUAAUCGAAUCUUGGCCGCAGAUGACUGUGUAGAAAUCACUAUGGGAGAAUCACCAAAGCAGGAUGAUAAGGUACAGGAGUCUGCACCAGUAGCACCAAUUGCACCUAGUGCCUCGAGACUGAAUCGCAUUGACCGCAUGUUACUGGAUCGUUAUACACCGUUCUUGAAACGUCGAAGAAAAUUGAUUCUUGCUGUAUCUCUUCUUUUUGCAUUUCUCCUCGGACUUUUCGGGUUCUUGAAUCUUGGAUUCACUGACGGAUCCAUUGUCAUCUUUUCCAGUGAAUACAAUCAGGGCCGGUUGACUUCAAUUCAGAACAAGUAUUAUUCAAUAUCGUCCAGCGAAAGUCGAGGCUCUGGUUCAUCUGACGGAUCUGGCGAUGGAAGCAGUGGAUCGGGUUGCACCGGUGUAGACUGUGGCGAAGGUGGCGGCGAUGGCGGAGGAGGCUCAGAUGGAGGAGGAAAUGGAAGCGGUGGUGGAAAUGGGGGAGGUGGCAAUGGAGGUGGUGGGAACGGAGGAGGUGGCGGAGGCAAUGGCGGUGGAGGCGGGAAUGCGGGAAACUUCACUUCUGCUCCAAUAAUCAUUGCACCAGCCGCACCAACUCCACCAACAAUUGCCCCAACACUAUCACCUUCAUUUCAGCCGUCCGUUGCUGACAGCAGCACAAAUGCGACUGACAACAUAGGAAGCCCAGGUGCUAUCAUCGAGGUUAAGCUUAUUUUUGGAGUUGGCGUCAGUGACGGACAAUCAAGUGGACCCUGGACGGUGGAAGUGCUGUCUGAAGCGACGACGACACCAGGGGGAGAUGUCAAGUUGUUGGACGGUUUGGUACCAGGAUUUGAUGUUUCAACGCCAGAAUCGCAGCAAUGGCUACUGGACGUGGUCGAGGCUGCAAGACUGGAUAAGUCUCUGGAUAUUAUCGAAGAUGAAGUUACAUGGAUCGAGCUAUUUGCGGAAUUUGCUUCAAACCAAAUAGAUGGUUUCCCGGCCCCGACGGAGCUGUUCACGAGCUACAUUGAAGUACUGGAAUCAACAAAUCCACGAUUUGCGAGGCUUGUCGAAGGGGAGAUCGGAACUGCUUUGCCUGGAUUGGCUGGCAGCUCAAUGUAUGCGAGCAUCACGUUUCGAUCGUACGAUUCAGCAACGCUUACAACAUUCGAAAAGUGGGAUCAAUUUGCUCGGACUUUGAAUGCUGCAGCACCCAACCCAAACGUGCAAAUGGUUGCGCAAAGUGAUCUUUUUUGGAACGAAGCCCGAGCAACUGAAACAGUCGAUGCGACUGUAAUGACUUGGCUAAUUGCAAAUUUGUUCUGCUUUGCAAUCAUAUUACUAUUUACCCAAAACAUCCUUCUAUGUUUGAUGGUCAUGGCUACCAUUCUUUUGAUGUUCUUCUGCAUUACAGGGUGGCUCUUUGCUAUCUUCCAACUUCCGUUGGGUCCAGUUCAAGCCUUGGGGGUAUCAAUAUUUAUUGGCUUGAGUGCCAACUAUUCCCUUCAUGUUGUCCAUGCGUAUCACCGAUCCAAGAGCAAUGAACGAGAAACGAAAGUGAAGGAAGCGGUAUUCAUUACAGGAUCUCCAAUUUUUGCUAGCGCUCUUUCGACGAUUGGAGGUUGCGCAUUUCUUCUUGGUUGCAGGACACUGGCACUGGUGGAGCUGGGAAUCUUAAUCUGCUGUGUAGCAGCAAUGGCAUUGGUUUACAGUAUGGGUUUCUUGCUAGCCUGGCUAUUAACGAUCGGGCCACUACCAGUUGGAGCGGAAAUCAAUGGCUAUCAACAGCACCGCUGGGAUAUUUGUGUAAUGGGGAAGAAGCACAUCUUAAACAAGGCAGAGAAAUCGGAACCGAAGACAGGCAACGAUUGGGGGCAACCCACCAAGCCACGAAUAGAGGAUGCGAAAACAUCAUCAUCAAACCAAGCACUAAAGGAAGAUGGCUUGUCAGGAUCUAUCGAAUCAGAUUCAGAACUGUUUGAGUUAUAA